GGAGAGACAGAGAAGAGGAGGGAGGGAGUAUUAAAUGUCUCUAUCCACUGUUUUCUCCCCUUCACUGCCUCCUCUAAUUUUAUUCCCCUAUACCCUUAACAGUUCUGGACCCAAUUACAACAAGCAAUUCUCUGCAACACCAGCUAGGUGUCCCACAAUUCAACUCAGUUCUGACACUAACUACCAGGAGACAGCAUCAGAUUCCACAGGUUAAGGGUUCAGUCCUACAAGACUACCCUCUUCACCCCUCACUUCAGACACCAGUUGCAAGCCCAGAUUAUCAUCUGUGCUUUUGACGGACUGGCUAUAGAUUGGAGGAUCCAACGACCCCAUCCUUGGGUUCGAUUAAUUUGCUAGAGUGGCUAACAAAACUCACAGAAACAUUUUACUUAUCUGAUUACUAGUUUAUUAAAAAAGCAUACAACUCAGGAGCAGCCAGGUGGAAGAGAUGCUUAGGGCAAGUUAUGGGGAAAGGGCACAGAGCUUCCAUGCCCUCUCCAAGUACACCACUUUCUCUGAAUCUCCAUAUGUUCACCUGGAAGCUCUCUGAACCCUGUUCGUUUUGGUUUUGAUGAGGCUUCAUUACUUAGGAAUAAUUGAUUUAAAUCAUUAGCAAUUAGUGAUUAAACUCAAUCUCCAGCCCCUCUCCUCUCCCUGAAGGUGGGACUGAAAGUUCUAACCAGUUUGGCCCAAUGUGGGACUCUACUGGCAGUCUUUGCUCAAGGACCCUCAUCAGCCUGGCUGAGACUUUCUCAGGGCUGAACUGUAGUUAAAGUUUCUUCCUUUUAAUUCCUUCUUUCUUCUCUCUCUUCUUUCAGAGGUGUCAGACAUGUAUUGGCACCUAUUCCUGCACUUUCCCCCUUUAUUCUCUAUAGGUUGUUUCCCUCAAUGAGUCCCUUGCAUGUCUAGUUCUGUCUUGGCAUCUGAACCGACACACAGGGAUAUUGACAGGACCUGCCUUAUGGGGCUGUUGUGAGAAUUCAAUAAGUUAAUAUAUGUGAAAUGCUUAGAACAGGGCCUGAUAUACAGCAAGUGCUAUGCAAGCGUUAGCUGCUUUUGUUAUUACUUUAUUAUGCUUUAGAUCUCAAGUUAUAUUUUACUCUCACUAGGAAACUUCUCAGAUCUCCCUGGACUGGCUUAGAAGCCUCUCCUGAAUGCUCCAACAGCAUCCUGCCCUUACUUCUAUUAUGGUUGGCCCUCCAUAUCUAUGAGUUUUGCACCUGCAGAGUCAACCAUCCACAGAUCAAAAAUAUUAGAAAAAAAAUUUCCAGAAAGUUCCAAAAGGCAAAACUUGAAUUUGCAUGCCAGCAACUAUUUACAUAGCAUUUACAUUGUUUUUAUAACUAAUUAUCGAUACAUAGCAUUUACAUUGUUUACAACUAUUCCAUAGCACUUAGAUUGAAUUAAGUAUUAUACGUAAUCUAGAGAUGAUUUAAAGUGUACAGGAGGAUGUUCAUAGGUUAUAUGCAAAUACUAUGCCAUUUUACAUAAGGGAUGUAAACAUCUUCAGAUUUUGGUAUCUGUGAAGGGUCCUGUAACCAGUCCUCUGUGGAUACCAAGGGACGACUGUAUAUUGCAUUGUUUUCUUGUCAGUCUUUACACUUAGACUGUGAAUUCAAUGAAUAAUGGAACCUUGUUUUGUUCACUUAUGUGUAUCAGUGCCUAACAUCAUGUCUGACUCAUAGUAGAUGUUGAGUUGAUGUUUGUUGAAUGAAAAUGAUGGUUCAGUGGAGGCUUAACAGAUGAGUAUUAUUUGUCAAGUGGAUGAGAGCUGGGAAAGAAGGAAUUGUAAAGAGAGUUGUAUACUGAAGCAUGAAAAGCCUGUAUUGUGUGGAGUACUGCAAGGUGCUUGUUAUGACUAAAGAGUAGGCUGCAAAAGAGGUGUGGUAAGAGAAAGCUAAGAAGGAAAUCAAGGGCCAGAGCACUGGUAAGACCUUAAAGCCAAGCUAAGGUAGGCAUUGUGUAGGCCUUAUGAUGUCCUAGUGGGCCCACACCCAUCUUUGACCUCUACCUAUGACUUUAUGAGUCAUAUGUUAGUUCAGCCAACAACUAUAGAUUGCCCCAAAUGGUGGGUGUUUCUCUAGAACUACAUAUAGAAAGGUAGGCAUCUCUGAACAUUCAUUUCAAUAAUGUAUCUGAUUGGUCUAUAUUUACAAACUGCUUUGGCUGCAAUGUCUCACCCAAACUGCUGGGUCUCUUAACUAAUCUCUUUGCCUUCAUCACACCCCUCCCUGUUUAAUCCAUCCUCCACUCCCACUGUGAGACAGAACUUUCUAAAGCUAAAUCUGGACAUCUUAGUCUUCAGUUUAAUACUUUCUAAUGGCACACCCUUGUUGCCUAUAAGAUAACCUCCAGAUUCCUUAGUGUGACCCACAGGACCAUUCCUAGUCUGGCCCUUCACUACCUCAUCUUCCAUCUCUCCCUCCGUGUGCUCUCUGCAUCACCUGAACUUCUCAUAGGUAUCAGGAAGUUUUAUGCUGCUUACCACUCCAUUCAUGUACACACUGUUGCUGCCUGGAAUGUCCUUUUAUCCUUGUCCACUUUUUUUUUUUAGAAUUUUAUUUAUUUUUUUAUACAGCAGGUUCUUAUUAGUUAUCCGUUUUAUACAUAUUAGUGUAUAUAAGUCAAUCCCUAUCCCCCAAUUCAUCACACCACCACCCCCUGCCACCUGCCUUGUCCACUUUUUGAACUCUUAACUAUUUUGUUGGAAGUAGUUCCAAAAUCACUGCCUCUGUGAAUCUGUUUCUAACUUUGCAGGUAGUGGGUCACCCUUCUUUAUACUUCUGUUUGGCACCUACCACAUUGCAGUGCAUUUGUUUGGUUACUUCCCUGACUCCCCCCUCUAGACUGUGGCGAGAGGGUAGGACCAAGUAUUAGUUAAUACAGAGUCCCAGCACUUAGUGCAAUGCCUGGCACAUAGUCAAUACUCAGUAAAUACUAGUUAAAGAAAAAAGGAAGGAAUAAAAUGAAAGCUCUUCUUUUUCUUUUCUUUUUUUUUUUUUUCGCGGUAUGCGGGCCUCUCUCACUGUUGUGGCCUCUCCCGUUGCGGACCACAGGCUCCGGACGUGCAGGCUCGGCGGCCAUGGCUCACGGGCCCAGCCGCUCCGCGGCAUGUGGGAUCUUCCCGGACCGGGGCACGAACCCGUGUCCCCUGCAUCGGCAGGCGGACUCUCAACCACUGCGCCACCAGGGAAGCCCCUUUUCUUUUUUUAAAAAAUUAUUUAUUUUUGGCUGCAUUGGAUCUUCGUUUCUGCGCGCGGGCUUUCUCUAGUUGCGACAAGAGGGGGCUACUCUUCAAUGCAGUGCGCAGGCUUCUUAUUGCAGCAGCUUCUCUUGUUGCGGAGCACGGGCUCUAGGCCCGCAGGCUUCAGUAGUUGUGGCGCACAGGCUUAGUUGCUCUGCAGCAUGUGGGAUCUUUCUGGACCAGGGCUUGAACCCAUGUCCCUGCAUUGGCAGGCGGAUUCUUAGCCACUGCGCCACCAGGGAAGUCCCUCUUCUUUUUCUUUUGAAGGAGGUCCGCUCACCAUGUGGCUGUACCUGGCGGUCCUCGUGGGCCUGUACUACCUCCUGCGCUGGUACCGGGAGAGGCAGGUAGUGAGCCACCUCCAGGAGAAGUUCGUCUUCAUCACGGGCUGUGACUCGGGCUUCGGGAACCUGCUGGCCAGGCAGCUGCACCUGCGAGGCUUGAGGGUUCUGGCUGCGUGUCUGACGGAGCAGGGGGCCGAGCAGCUGAGGAACCAGACGUCAGACAGGCUGGAGACAGUGAUCCUGGACGUCACCAAGACUGAGAGCAUCGCUGCGGCCACCGAGUGGGUGAAGGAGCGUGUGGGGGACAGAGGGCUCUGGGGUCUGGUCAACAACGCAGGCACUUUUCACGCACAUGGCUACAUUGAGUGGCUGAAGAUUGAGGCCUGUAUGAAUACCCUCAAAGUGAACCUCAUUGGUUUGAUAGAGGUGACCUUGAGCAUGCUUCCCUUGGUAAGGAGAGCACAGGGGAGGAUUGUCAAUGUCUCCAGCAUUCUGGGAAGAAUUGCUGUCUUUGGAGGAGUCUACUCUUCCACCAAGUAUGGAGUGGAAGCCUUUUCAGAUAUUCUGAGGCGUGAGCUUCAACAUUUUGGGGUGAAAAUCAGCAUAGUUGAACCUGGCUACUUCAGAACAGGAAUGACAGAUAUGCAGAAGUCCUCAGAGGCAGUGAAACAAGUCUGGAAAGAAGUCCCUGUGCACAUUAAGGAGUCCUAUGGACAGAAGUUUUUUGAUACUUAUCACGAUCUCCUGAAACAAGGGAUGUUGAGUUGUAGCGCAAACCUGAACCUGGUUACUGACUGUAUGGAACAUGCCCUGACAUCUGUGCAUCCCCGCACUCGAUACUCAGCUGGCUGGGAUGCUCAAUUUUUCUUCAUCCCUCUAUCUUAUUUACCUACAUCACUGGCAGACUACAUAUUGACUAGAUCUUGGCCCAAACCAGCCCAGGCAGUCUAAAGAAAACUGGUUGGUGGCUCUUGAAAUGAAGAAGACAAAAAUCUGAAAUUGAUUUUUAGUGUCCCAGUAAUCUUUAUGUAUCAUCUAUACUUUUUGUAACAAUAAGCUUUCUUGCCUAAACUCAUUUAUCUGGCACCAUCAGAGAACCAAUAGGUUUUUAUUCCAGAUAUCCAAAGCUUACUCCUUUAGGUGAUGAAUCUUUACUAUUUUAACCAUUUUUUGUUGAUAGUAUUUCCAAAAUGCAUUAAUCUUCCUUGCCCUAUUAAACAGAGUAGACCGGAAACAAUUUAGCUUGUUUUGAUAUUAUUUUUUAAUGUAAAUGAAUAGCUGUUCUGUGCUGUGAUAAAUUAUUGCUCACGGA